AUGGCAGCUGGCCACAAGGGCGCCUCUGCCUCCUCCCAGCCCCCUGCCAUGAGCCACCUGGAGGAGAGGGAGGACCACCUCUGGAGCUGCCUGGAGGAGGAGGACAGCUGGAACCUGUCCUUCUCCGGCGCCGGCUUCCUGGGCCUCUACCAUGUGGGGGUGACCUACUGCCUGAGCCAGCGCGCACCGCACCUCCUCCAGGGUGCCCGCCGCAUCUACGGCUCCUCCUCUGGGGCACUCAACGCGCUCAGCAUCAUCUGUGGCAAGUCUGUGGACUUCUGCUGCUCGAACCUGCUGGGCGUGGUGAAGCAGGUGGAGCGCCUGAGCCUGGGCAUCCUCCACCCGGCCUAUGCGCCCAUCGAGCACAUCCAGCAGCAGCUGCAGGACCACCUGCCCAGCGACAGCCACAUCCUGGCCUCCCGGCGCCUGGGCAUCUCCAUAACCCGCUGGCCCGACGGCCAGAACGUCAUCGUCACCGACUUCGCCACGCGGGAGGAGCUCAUCCAGGCCUUGAUCUGCACGCUGUACUUCCCGUUCUACUGCGGGAUGAUUCCCCCUGAGUUCAGAGGGGAGCGCUACAUUGACGGGGCUCUGAGCAACAACCUGCCGUUCUCUGACUGCCCCUCCACCAUCACCGUAUCGCCCUUCCCCGGGACCGUGGAUAUCUGCCCCCCGAGCAGCUCGGCCAGCCUGCACGAGCUCAACGCCUUCAACGCCAGCUUUCAGAUCUCCACCACGAACUUCUUCCGCGGGUUGUUGUCCCUCAUUCCCCCCAAGCCUGAGACCCGAUGGGCUCCUGGGCACCCGCGGGCGCUGGGGGGCGGCCGGCCCGGCCCAGGCUGGCACGGGGCUUCUCCCGCAGCUCUCCGGAAGGCCUGCGCGAGGGACCGGGGGCUCUGGGCCCGCUUCCAGUGCUCAGUGCCCGGGCGGGCACUGACGUACCUGCUGCUGCCUUGCACGCUGCCCUUCGAGUAUGUCUACUUCCGGAGCAGGAGGCUGGCACUGUGGCUGCCCGAGGUGCCAGCUGACCUGCGCUGGAUGCGGGACCAGCUGAGAGGUGCAACCCUGGAGGUCUGCAACAGGCUGUGGGCACAGCUCCUGGGGCAUGGCAGGCUGCCGGUGGUCCCCAGCGUGGUGGACUCCCAUCCCCUCCAGCCCCAGGACCUGGCCAUGCAUCCCAGCUCCACCCAGCAGACCUGUGGGGUGCCAGAUAGGGCCAGCCCAGGGACCAGUCUCUCCUGACUGGGCUGGGAUGAGUCAGGCCGGCAGCCUGCCCCUGGCUUGUCCAAUGGGAGCUUAGAACCUGACACUGACCCUGCAGAUGCUCUGGGGGUGCAGGCUGGAGAUGGCGCCCUGCCCCCCUGAGAGGCCCCCCCGGGGGGUUAUGGUACUUAUUCACCCUCUGUGGCUGCUGUCCUUGGGAAUUCACGCCUGGAACCUUGCACUUCUUUUGGGAGGAGGCUGGUCCUGUCCAGAUGUCCCCACACUACAAUGUCCCCAGCUGCAGGCCCCUCCCCCUCCUCCCCGUCUCCUUGGGGGAGAAGGAUGGUAGGAGCAAGAG